GAUGGUCCCGCCUCUGCCCCCCAAACGCAUCCUUAAAGGAGUUUUGAACUCAUUGUCAGACCGAGAGUUCAAUGAUAGCCGCCGCCGUGGUCUACAAAGGUUUAUGGCCUUGGUGAUUAGACAUCCAGUCCUGGCAGGAGAUGAGCUGGUCAACAUCUUUCUGUCAGCAAGCAGCGCGGAGGUUCAAAAUAUGCUGCGUGAUGCAUAUAAAAAGACAGGUGAUGAGUUUCUGACCUCCCAAAUGGCCUUGCAUGGCAAGGUGUACCUACCUGAGGACAUACAGACCCAGGCUGCCGCUAAUCGAGAGGUCAUUGCAAAUAUCCACAGCAGCUUCAAUAAACUCAGAGAUGUA